AGUGUCGAUGCCUCCGAAUUGGUAUUGCCGUCAUCAAAGUCGAUAACUGUUGACAGCUGUUGAUACUAUUUUGGUAUUGACGACAACAAUAUUGAUAUUCUAUUGACGGGUGUCAACAUAAAACUUGUCAAUACAGUUUUUGGUGACGACAAGCGCUCAAUUAAAUAUUCUGCUGUAAAAAUUUGGUAAAAUAAUUCUGAAUUAUACCUUUUUACACACUUUAUUUGGUUAGUUCUUAUUUAAUUUAGGAAAAUGGAAAGAAAAAUGAAAAUAACAAACAACAAUCAAUUUGCGCAGCUUGUUUUAGAACUAGAAAAAAAUCCUGCGCUUGCUAAAGGCUUUUCCAAAGGGACAGUUCCCAAUAAUUUUAAGUCGCAAUGGCAGGAUAUUGCAAAUGCAAUCAAUGCUCUCGGUCCACCACUCAGGGAUGGUGAGGGUUGGCAAAAGGUUUGGAGGGAUCUGAAAUGCAAGGUUAAAAGAAAGCUCGUGCACAACAAGCAGGAGUGCCGUGCCACAGGAGGAGGAAGCUACAAGCAAUUGGUGCUGAGCCCAUAGGAGCAGGUUGCCAACCUUCUUCAAUUCGGCAAGCAACUUAACCCGAAAGGAAUGGCUCAAGGUGUUCCCAAAAGUGGAAGUUGCAUGAGUGUUGAAGAAGUGCUAUAAGAAGUGCUACGAGAAGAUUCUCCAGCUCCUUCGGUAGAUCCUACAAUGAUGGAGUUCGAUGAUACCACUGGGCUCAACACCACCGCCGGUAGUGUUUCUGUAGAAGAUAGUCGAGCUCCAGUUAAUGAAAAUGCUGCGGAGAACCAAAAUUUAAAUGCUGGGCAGAAUGCAGAUUCACCUCCUAAUACUAGCAGGAGAAGUCGUGUUCGCGCAAAUAGACAGCGGCAGAAUUUGUUGCAAAACCACACUGAAAUGCAAGAGGGUGUGCUGACACGAAUGUCGACAACCCUUGCGGGAAUUGGUUUUAAUCUUUAAC